GGCUACACCACUUUCUGCCAAAGCUCUGCCCCAGCCGUGCAGACUGUUCACCAUGUGCACUAUGUUCAUCAUGCUGUGCCCGACGUGGUUCAUUCCAGCGUCCCUUAUGCCCCCGCUGGUGGUCUUGACCACGUUCACUGGCAUUCCGGUGGCUUCCACUCUGCCAUCGGAUCCACCAUUCCAUCCAUCCACACCGGCAGCUGGCACUCCAUGGGAUCGACUAUUCCGUCCACCGUGCACACCGUGCACACCAUGUCCAGCGCACCCAGCGGGGAUUACGUGAUCGAUCCUGGCAAUCUUGAAGACAUUCCAAUUCCGCAGACGUUGCACUGA